AUGAAAACAAUGGCAACAAGAAAAAGGUGUAAACUUUCCAGAACAGGCCCAGAUUUUGAAAAUGUGAUAAAGAGGUUAUUGUGUGCUCGAACUUUUCGCACAAGAAUUGGAGGAGAUUUAACACAAGAAAUAAUAAACAGAGGAAGGCUGGCUAAUGCAGAGCAGAUGGGCCUGCAGGGCAGUGCUAAGCAUUUCAACAUCUUCCCCUUGGACCUUUGGACUCAAGAUGACUGAAUGCUGGUGUCUUUAGCUAAAAAUAAAGUUAAUGCCAUUGGGGAAAUCAUAAAUAUGGCUUGUUUGGUUUGGGGGGUGAUUGGUAGACAAAAAUGUUUAAGAACCUACUAUGUGGCAGGGAUUUGGCAUUUACUAAUUUCAUCCUGA